CCAAGAAACAGGCUGGAGCCAAUGGAUACCAUUUUUGUUAAACAAGUUAAGGAAGGAGGGCCUGCUUUUGAAGCUGGACUAUGCACAGGUGACAGAAUUAUAAAAGUGAACGGGGAAAGUGUCAUAGGAAAGACAUAUUCUCAAGUAAUUGCUUUAAUUCAGAACAGUGACAGUGUAUUGGAACUUAGUGUUAUGCCAAAAGAUGAGGACAUCCUUCAACUUGCAUAUUCCCAGGAUGCCUACCUGAAAGGCAAUGAAGCCUAUAGUGGUAAUGCUCGUAACAUACCUGAACCUCCACCAAUAUGUUAUCCUCGAUUAACAGCUUCAGCUUCUGUCAUGGCACAACCUAUUGAGAAAGUACCUCUUGACUCAUCACUGGGAAAGCAACCAAGUAGCAGAGCUGUACGGACAUCAGCACAACCUGAAAAGGCCUACAGAAAGGAAAUACAAGUGCCUCCAUCUCCAACAGAUAUUGCAAAAUCUAACACAGCCGUCUGUGUUUGUAAUGAGACUAUAAGAACUGUUGUUGUGCCUUCUGAGAAGGCUGUAGAUUUCUCAUCAGUUAGAACAAAUCACACUGGUCCAUCGCACCGGACAGAGGAUAUAAGAUACGGUUUCAAGGAACAAACCUCUCUAAAAACAAAAGCACGAACCACUUCACCUUCCUCUUCAAUGUCCACUGCCGUUGUACUUCCUCAGACUCCACUUACAAGACCAAUAGAUCCCCCAGGAAUUGCUAAUGAUUCUGAAAACUAUGGAGGGCACCCAGAAGGAGCUUCAAGUUGUAGAUCUCCUGCUCAGAGUCUAGGUUCUCCCUCUAUUGCUACUAAUCACUACACUUCUCCAAGUGCCCAUCAACACAUAGACUGGAAAAAUUACAAAACCUAUAAAGAAUACAUUGAUAACAGACGCUUGCACAUGUAUGGUUGCAGAACUAUACAGGAAAGGUUAGAUAGUUUAAGAGCAGCCUCUCAAAAUACAACAGAUUAUAAUCAAGCAUUAGCAAAUUGUACUGGUUCACAGGUACGUCGCAGAAGCACCUCUCAUGAUAGGAUCUCACAGUCUGUACAGAUUAGGCAAAGGAGUAUAUCCCAGGAAAGACUUGAGGAUCCUGUAUUACUCAAAGAGUGGCCAAGGAGUGCUUCACAAGAUACUCUAACUUCACCAGUUGUCAGCCCCCGUAAUCAUAGGACACGUUCCUGGGACUAUUUAGGCAAACAGGGUGAAGCAGCAGAAAAUGUUCACACUGAGAACCUUGUUGCAGAUUCAAGCAGAGCCAGAAAAAAGACUUACAAAUGUACUGGAUUUACUGAACAAGAUGAUCGGCGAGGCAUCUAUGAAAGACCGCGACAACAUACCUUUCACCUGUCCCUUCGUGGUUCAAAUUUUUCUAUGGCUCCUGGUGCUUAUCAUUCAGAUGGCAGACAAAUAAGCAACCGAGCCUUAGGACCCUUUUCUCAGUUCCAGAAGGUUUCACCAGAUGUAAAAGUGCUGCAGCCCUCCAGAGAUUUGCCAGCCACUGGAGCUUCAAAGUCUACAACCAUUUUUCAGGAAAGAUCAUCUCACCCAACUGCUAGAAGCACAAGAACUGGUUCUUUGAAGACCUCUGUACUUUAUGCAGCAAAGCCAUCAUUUCCCCUUAAUCAAAGUCUGGAUAGUGCUACUACUAAAGACCAAAGAGAAAUUAAUCAUGUGCACCAUAGUGGUUUGCUAACUCAACAAUCAAGGAUACACGCAGAAAAUAUACCAGAUCACAAACUAGAAAUGGGCAAGGCUAAUCUUUCCCCUGUUUCCUGUACAGCUUCUGCCAAAUUUGUCCCACAAAUGAAUGAGCACUUAACUACCUCUGUUAAUUUAGAUGUCUCUGUCAGACAAAAGAUUCAAGAUUUUGAAACAGAAGAUACAAAACAGCCUGAGGUUAAAUCAAUGGAUGUGGCAAAUGAGGAGGAAGUUGUCUUGCGGGAAAAGUCUCCUUCUGGCCAUCAAACGCCACAGCUUUUGCGACAUCAAUCCUAUAUUUUAGCUGUAAAUGAUCAAGAACCUGCCUCUGAGACCACUUGUUGGUUACCCAAUGAUGCACGCCGAGAAGUUCAUAUAAAAAGAAUAGAAGAAAGGAAAGCCUCUAGCUCAAGCCCACCUGGUGAUUCCUUGGCAUCUAUUCCAUUCAUAGAUGAGCCGUCUAGUCCUAGUAUUGACCAUGACAUCACCCACAUUCCAGCUUCUGCUGUUAUUUCAGCAUCUUCCUUGCGAGCACCCACCAUCACCACUGUUCCUCCUAGUCCUACUGCUCUUGUUCCUUUAAUUCGACGUCAGCUAUCUUAUGGCCAUGAAUCUAUUAGGACUAGUGUCGUAGAUGAUCAAUUCCCUGCAAAAAGUGAAAGGUCCAAAUCUUAUGAUGAAGGACUCGAUGACUAUAGAGAAGGAAAAAUGGCCAUAAAGCAUGUGCCAAGCUUAAAGGGAAUUAAGGCUCCAGACAGCCAAGCAUCUUUAGAAAAUGCAGGAUUCAGAAAAGCAUCUUCUUCAGACGUUUUUGCUGAUACUUCCAAAGAAGGAUAUCUCCAUUUUCGACAGCUAGUUACAGACAAGGUGAAGAGAGUUGGCGGGAGCAUCCGGCCAUGGAAACAGAUGUAUGUUGUUCUCAGAGGGUGUUCAUUGUAUUUAUACAAGGAUAAAAAAGAACCAACUAUGCUUUCUGAGGAGGAACAGCCCAUCAACAUCAAUGCUUGUUUGACAGACAUUUCAUACAGUGAUACCAAGAGGAAACAUGUGUUUCGGCUUACUACAUCAGAUCGUGAAUACCUGUUUCAGGCUGAAGAUAGAGAUGACAUGCUGGCAUGGAUUAAAGCUAUACGAGAAAGCAGCAACUUAAAUGAUGAGAACACAGGUGUCACAAGCAGGGAUCUAAUUAGCCGGAGGAUUAAAGAAUACAGCACAAUUAUGGGUGCUUCAAGUGGCAAAACGGAACCAUCUCCAAAAACACCCCGACAGAGCCUAAGUAUAAGGCAGACAUUCCUUGGUACUAAAACUGAGCAAAGAACUCAAAGCCCGCAUUCUCCUAAGGAGGAAUCAGAAAGGAAAUUCCUUGCUAAAGAAAAAGAUGAGACAAGCCCACCGAAAGAUAAAGGUACAUGGCGAAAAAACAUUCCAAGUAUCGUGAGAAAAACAUUUGAAAAGAAGCCCUCUGCUACUGGCACGUUUGGUGUCAGACUAGAUGACUGUCCCGCAGCUCAGAGCAAUAAGUAUAUUCCACUAAUCGUUGAUGUAUGCUGCAAGUUAGUUGAAGAAAGAGGUCUUGAAUAUACUGGUAUUUAUAGAGUUCCUGGAAAUAAUGCUGCCAUCUCAAGCAUGCAAGAAGAACUAAACAAAGGAAUGACUGACAUUGAUGUUCAAGAUGAUAAAUGGCGAGACCUGAAUGUCAUAAGUAGUUUAUUGAAGUCCUUUUUCCGAAAGCUUCCAGAGCCGCUCUUUACUAAUGAGAAAUAUGCAGAUUUCAUAGAUGCCAACAGAAAAGAAGAUCCUAUCGAGCGACUAAAAACACUGAAAAGGCUGAUCCAUGAUUUACCUGAACAUCAUUAUGAAACACUCAAAUUUCUCUCUGCACAUCUGAAAACUGUAGCAGAAAAUUCAGAAAAGAACAAGAUGGAGCCAAGAAACCUGGCAAUAGUAUUUGGUCCAACACUUGUGAGGUCAUCUGAAGAUAACAUGACACAUAUGGUUACUCAUAUGCCAGAUCAGUACAAAAUUGUAGAAACACUUAUCCAAAAACAUGACUGGUUUUUCGCAGAAGAUGAUGCUGAAGAGCCUUUUACAGCAGUUCAGGAGGAAAACACAGUAGAGUCUCAGCCAGUGCCAAACAUAGAUCAUUUACUCACCAACAUUGGAAGGACUGGAGUAUCUCCUGGAGACGUAUCAGAUUCAGCUACUAGUGACUCUGCAAAAUCUAAGGGUUCUUGGGGAUCUGGAAAGGAUCAAUAUAGCAGAGAGCUGCUUAAGUCCUCUUUAUUUGCAGCAGCCAGUCGCAAGCGGAAAAAAGCAAAAGAGAAACUGCAACCCAGCAGCUCUGAAGAUGAGUUGGAUAAUGUGUUUUUCAAGAAGGAGCCUGCAGAGCACUGUUACAGUGACUCGGCAAAAGAGGGCACAUCUAAAGAGGAGCUAGAGAAGGAGACGGCAGAGAGAAAACAGAGAACCAUAGUUCCAAAAGAAAAGGAGGAAACUGUUAACAGGCCUUCUGCAGCAACCAAGGGGGAAAUCAUGUUGCUGAGGAGAGAGAAUGCGUCCUCAGAAGAACUCUCAACAUCUUAUCUCCAGAAAUACACGAGAUCCCCAAAUCUCAGCUGUCAGCUAAGUACACAAAAGGAUUGCCAUAAACUCCCCAUCUUCCAGAUCGCUUCUCAGAUGGAAGAAACUGUUUCGGACUCAGGCACUAUCCUUAGCAGUUCUUCGCAGGCUUCUCUGCAGAAAGUCUCCUGUAAAAGGUUGGGAAGCCCUGAUAAUAAAUACAGUGAGUUUUUAGCAGCUGAUGUCAGCUCCAUCACUUCAGAUUACUCCACAACAUCCUCAACUACAUACUUAACUGGUCUAGAUUCCACAAUGCUAUGUUCUGAAGUGCAGUCAGUGACAGAGAGUAAAGGGGAAGAGGCUGAUGAUGAAAGAAGUGAAUUGAUCAGUGAAGGUCGCCCUGUGGAAACAGACAGUGAGAAUGAUUUCCCUGUUUUUGCAGCAAGUUCUACUGUGGAUAGGCUGUUCAGGGGCAAUAAUCAAGACAUGGCAAAGAACAGCAGGAGGAACUCUGAAGAAAGUGAAGUAAGUUGUACAGAGGGAAGUUCAACGCCAAAGCUGGACAGCCGCAGACUUUUCAGUUCACACAAACUUAUUGAAUGUGAUACACUAUCUCGGAAAAAGUCGGCAAGGCACAAGACAGAUAGUGAAGGCUCAGGAGAUGCAAAAUGUGAGAAGGAAAUCCCAGCAGUAACGAAAAAAACGGAUAUAAAGAAAGGAAAGACAACCAGCAGCAUAACCACAUCAACAAGAAGUGAACCUGUCAAACAGGAGCCUACAUGGAGACUCAAGAUUACAGACAGAUUAAAACUGCGUCUCAAGUCAUCUGCAGAUGAUAUGUUUGGAAUUGGCAAUCAGAAGUCAAACCCUGCAGAGAGCUCCAAAAGAAAAAACAUCAGGCGAAGGCACACGUUAGGAGGACAGAGAGACUUUGCUGAAAUAAGUGUUCUGAAUGCAUGGAAAGCUCAAGAGAAAAACCCAAGCAUGGAGAAAGACAUUUCGGCAGUGAACCGGUUGAAGCCAAAAUGUCCAUCCCAGGAUCUCUCCAUCUCAGACUGGCUCGCACGAGAGCGUCUGCGGAGCAGCACAACAGACCUUAACGUGGGUGAAACUGUAGAGACUAAACGGGAGAAUGUAAGCCAGUUAGACGAUUCCUCAAAGACAGAGUUCUCAUUUUCUGCAGAGAUGUGGUCAGAAGAAGGUGGUUCUUCUGGUAGUGGUUUGACUCUGGUUCCCAAAACCCCUGGGUCAGGACCACUCCAAACACUAGACCACAUAAAUGGAGAAAGCUACCAAAAUAUGAACAAAGGUAACUUCAGCCCAGCUGUUGAUGCCCACCCUCAUAAGUUGUCUGGGACCCAGGUGGUUAGGUCUCGAUUCUACCAGUAUCUUUGAGACAGUUAAAUGACCACCACCGCAAUUCAGUAGCAGCUUCUCUUUUAACUUUUCCUCAACUGUUUUGUAUGGUUUUUUUUCCCACCUGCACAGUGUUACUUUGCAGUGAAGGAGGUUUCUUUCAUCAGUAUGCACUAUGCAUUAAUGCAGCUACAAUAUUGGUUGGGAUGGUAGA